AUGGCUUUCGUCGGGGAUGUGAACUUGGACGGGAAGAUACUCGCAAUUACAGGAGGAGGGUCUGGAAUUCAUCUGGAGCUUGCGAAAAUCGCUCGAUCAAAGGGCGCCAAAGUCAUUAUCGCGGACCUAAAGCUAACAGAAGAAGCCACGGUGGAGGUUGAGCGAGAUUCGGCAAACUUGGUAUUUCUGCCGUGUGAUGUUGCGAAACGAUCAGAGCUGGAGAAGAUUAUUACCACUUCCGAGUCCGUAUUUGGGGAUUGCCCUGAUGUUUAUGUUGCAGGGGCUGGCGUUUUUGAGCCGACGUGGUCUAAUUUUUGGGAUGACACGGAAUCGGAUGACUACAAGGCCGUUCAAAUCAAUGUUAACCAUCCUCUUAAACUGACCAGAAUUGCAACCAGGGCAUUAUUAGGUCGCAACAAAAAGGGUGUCGUUCUCAUCAUGGCAUCAAUGACUGGAUACACGGGACAUUUUUCAGCUCCACUCUACAGCGCCACAAAGCAUGCUUUGGUGGGAUUCGUGCGUUCGAUGGUCGAUUUAGAUAGGCAUGAGGGUGUCAAGGUAGUUGCGAUCUGCCCUGGCAUAGUGAAAACCCCUCUGUGGCUAGCAGAUCCUGAGCGCUCAGCCCGAUUCGGGUAUCAAGACAGUAUCGCUAUAUCCGCAAAAAGCGUUGCCGAAGCUGAGUUGAACUUGAUUGAAAAUGGAAGCUACCAGGGAGGUACCGUAUAUGAAAUUUCAACUGCGGGCGAGCGAACGAUUGGUACUUGGAAUAUAAGCCCUCCAGGAUCUAGCAGUGAAACGCCUCUUGUUGGAACGGUUAUUCCACAAGAAGCUUUGGAUCGGGCUUAUGGGCCUAUAUGGUCCGUUCUGGCUAAAGAAAGAACGACUGACUGA